AUGCGUGCAACCAGCCGCGCCACAUCCGGUGGAGCAAAACGUAAGACCAUUUUCAAUGUAGAUAGACGGCGAAAAAGCCGAAACGUCAGGCAAAUAAAGGUUACAUCUAGAAACCUCAAUUCGGUACGCUACGAUGUGGAUGACUUGAUUGUACGAAUAUUGAGCAUAGCCACACCCGGAUACUCAUUAGUUAAUAGCGUCAAGGAGAGCGAGCUUAUGAAUCUAUGCACAGUUGCUAGACAGGCCUUCUUGAGUCAAGCAUCCUUAAUCGACCUAGAACCUCCUUUAAAGAUAUGUGGCGACAUUCAUGGACAAUAUGCAGAUUUACUGAGGCUGUUGGAUCGUUCCGGUUUUCCACCUUUCGUUAAUUACUUAUUUCUGGGUGAUUAUGUGGACAGAGGACAACAAAAUUUAGAAUGUAUAGCACUACUCUUCUGUUACAAGAUCAAAUAUCCAGGAAAUUUCUUCGUAUUACGCGGAAAUCACGAGUGUUCACCAAUUAAUCGAGUUUAUGGUUUCUUCGAAGAAUGUAAUCGACGAUAUCAAAGUACUCGGCUAUGGCUACAAUUUCAGGAUGCGUUUGCCGCCUUACCAUUCACUGCUCUUGUGUCCGGGAAAAUCCUUUGCAUGCAUGGCGGCCUUUCGCCGAAGUUGAAGUCCAUGGAGCAACUGCGACGGAUAACUCGCCCCAUUGAUCCGCCCAAUCCAUCGCUACAUAUUGAUCUGCUGUGGAGUGAUCCUGAUAAUUAUACUAAGGGAUGGGCAUCAAACACACGGGGUGUUUCAUAUGUUUUCGGACCAGAUGUUGUAUUUGAGAUGAACCACAUUCUAGAUAUUGAGCUAGUCGCUAGAGCGCAUCAGGUUGUUCAAGAUGGAUAUGAAUUUUUUGCCAAUCGUAAACUUGUGACAAUAUUCUCCGCACCUCAUUACUGCGGUCAAUUCGAUAACGCUGCUGCUGUGAUGAACGUGGAUGAGAAUCUUUUGUGCUCUUUUACGAUCCUGCGACCAACUCUGAGAGCAUGUAAGGUACAACCAAGAUAA